GACCAUCGGACCUGGGGUGUGGGAUUAUUGGGACCGGCUAGAUAGAGAGAGAAAGAGAGAUAGUUUUAGUUUGGGGGUAUUUUUGGGGUUUUGAAAAAAAAGGUAUAGUUUUUUUAGGGUUUUAAUUAUUGGUUUAUAAAUCAAAUUUUUUGAUUUUCUAAGCAUAGAAAAUCAAAUUUCCCUUAUAAAAUAUCUAUUGGCUUGGCAUGCUGUACAAAUAUAGCUCAAAUCAAAUUGAAAUUUGAAAAGGAAGCUCAAGUUAAAAAAAAUAGAAUAUUUGGUGCUAGUGCUACCAAACCAUGUACGGCUCAGACUCAGGGCUGCUCAGGAAACUUGUAUUUCUGCUCUUCAUUCCAGGAAUUCUGGGUUGGGGACCUGAAGGUCAUUAUGCCACUUGUAAGAUCGCAGAGGGUUAUCUGAGUGAGGAAGCAGCGGUUGCGGUGAAAGAAUUGCUUCCAGAAUCAGCAAAAGGGGAUCUUGCAUCAGUAUGCUCGUGGCCAGAUGAUAUUCGCAAACAAUAUAGAUGGAGCGCUGCUUUACACUUCGCCGAUACACCUGAUUAUGUCUGUAACUUCAAUGACCACAGAGACUGCCAUGACCCUUCUGGGAGCAAAGGUAGAUGUGUAACUGGGGCAAUUUUCAACUACACAAAGCAGCUAUCUGGUUAUCACAACCCCACCCUCGAAUCAAAAUACAAUUUAACUGAGGCACUUAUGUUCUUAUCUCAUUUCUUUGGGGAUGUCCAUCAGCCUCUUCACAUGGGUUACCUUGGAGAUUAUGGUGGUAACUUAAUAGCAGUACAAUGGUACGAAAACAAGACAAAUCUCCACAGGGUAUGGGACGACAAGAUCAUUGAAUCUGCUUUGAAGUCAUUUUAUAAUUCGAACCUUUCAUCGAUGAUACAAUCCCUUCAUCAAAAAAUUGAAACUGGUUGGUUUAAUGAUGCCUCAUCGUGGGGUGUAUGCCCAAAUAAUGAAACUGUUUGUCCAAUUCGGUAUGCCUCAGAAAGCACAGUCUGCGCUUGCAAGUAUGCUUACACAAAUGUCACGCCAGGCAUCACACUUGGAGAUGAAUACUUUCUUUCUCGGCUUCCUGUUGUGGAGAAGAAACUAGCCCAAGGUGGGGUUCGAUUGGCUGCUAGCCUCAAUCGAAUUUUCUCCCCUGAAGCACAACUAGUUGCUGAGUGUUAAGGAUAUCGAUACAUGAAAUAUCUUCUAUAGUAGGGAAGUGGUAUGCUAUAUAUAUGGAAAAUUGUGUGGAUUAUUAGUUAUUAAGGACUUAGACUUUUGUUAUUGCCCUGCAGCCUCUGCUUGCUUUGGUUGUUUUUACGUUUUAUCUUAAUUAUAAAUCGAUUAUCCUAGAAAC